ACUGGCUACUGUGCCAUGAUAGCAAAUCUUACAGCUGCAACUGCAGCAGAAACCUAUUACACCAAAACACUCUCAAAUAAUACAGUAAAAAUAAAUCCUACAAAUCCAGACACCUACCGAAAACUAAUUCAUCACCUUAGAAAUGAAAACAUUGUACACCACACCUACCAACCCAAAGAAGAGAGGGCUUAUAAAAUUGUCAUAAGAGGAUUACAACAUUCAAUACCAACCGAAGAUAUCUCGAACGAACCAAACAAUAAGGGUUUUAAAGUUCGCAAUAUAAUUAAUGUCAGACACAGAGUUAGAAAAGAACCGCUACCACUAUUCUCUGUAGAUAUAGAACCAGAUGAAAACAAAAAAGACAUAUUUAACCUAGAAGACCUACAACACUGAAAACCACCAAGAAUAAAAAAUACAAUAGUUCAAUGCACU